UCUCUAUCCAAAUAUUUAUGGACCUAACUGUAUUUAGCUUCUUUUAAACCUACUCAUUUUGCUUUACUUAGACAGUGUUGAACCACUUCAACCACCAGCAGUGUGUAGCAUCCAUCUGCAUUUUGUGACAGUAGCCAUUUUAGCAUCGUUAUGCUCAUUAUUUUUUAAACAUAAGAUGCAAUGUUUAUAUUUAUAUUUGUAUAAACAUUUAUAUAAAGUACCAGUUGUAUGAAGGGGUGGCUGGCUAGGAAGAAGUGAUGGUUUUGCCUCUGCUAACCAAGGUGACAAUUGACAGUGGGAAGUCAUCACACUACGCCUUAAAGUAAGGAAGUCUCACACUGACAAAGGAGUGGGACACCUGCAGGUGUCAGUGUGGGAAAUAAGAAGUCACUUAUAAGGUGGUCAUUUCUGCCAUGCAUGGUGUGUUGAAUGUUAAGUGGGCUUAGGCACCAGAACAAAAGUAAGAGAAAGAGUGACGGUCAUGGAGGGCUGUCAAGAGACUUCUGGCCAACAGAAGCAACCCAUGGUCUUUAACAGGGGCCAGACUGCCCAGUUAAGGACCAAGCCAAACAGGACUAACUGUACACCAGCAUUUUACCAGCCAAGUUUUAUGGGGCAGCACACCGUCUCUGACUGAAGAGCUGGAACAUGGUGCUCCUUUAAAAGGCUCAGUGUGGAGCAUAGAGAGCUCUAGGCCAGAGUCCAUGUAACCAGAGAAAAUGCCAAGCUGUAGUUUUAUGGGUUUGUUAAUGUGGUUUGUCUUUGGGAGACACAGGGAUAAGAUAGAAUGGACUGAGCUUUGUAAUGGGGAAAAACAGAAAUUUGGUAAAUUUUUUAGAGUUGUACGUUUAAAAAAAAAACUUUUAAUGUGUAAUGAGGUAGAAAAGAAAAAUUGUACUACCAUUCUCAUAACCAUAAUGUAGUAAAACACUUUGUAAAAAUGCACUCUGUGACUGAGAUUCAAAAAUAAACAACAUAUAUCUUUCAAUUUUUUGAGUCAACUGUUGAAAGUGAAAUAAAUUAUUUUUUCUGUAACUUAAUACCUUUUCAUUUACGUAGUUGAUGGUCUUAGAAGUAUUCUGCUGCAGCAGGACACAGUGCAGUGCCACCAACGAAGACAUGAACUUGUGACCCUCUUGUAGUAUUUACAUGCCGCCUAGUAGAUAUGCAAUAUUUUCUGCAGAAAAAGUAAGAGUUAUCAUUUGUGGAGAGCAGCAGAGAACAAGCUCUUGGAUGAACAAGAUCACGCCACGUGUCUCCUGACUGAGUCUGCGAAAGCGCCAACUGUGAAUGCGUCAACACGAUGAACAACACUACUUGCUACAUGAACAGCUAUAACCACAUCCUCCUCCCAUCUUUGUACAGCAGUUUGCUCUGUUUUGGUUUGCCCUCCAACUCCCUGGCCUUGUACGGCCUGUACCGCCUGGUGAAAGCGGAGAAUCUCCUCCCAAUUUACAUUAUGAACCUUCUCCUGUCAGACCUCCUCCAGAUGUGCACAAUGCCCUUCUGGAUUGACUACUACUGGAAAGAGCGCAAGUGGCAAUUUGGAAAAAUGCCGUGCCUGAUCGUCGGCUUCAUUUUCUAUGUCAGCUUGUUUGUUAGCAUUGGCUUCCUUUGUUGCAUCACUUUGGAAAGGUACUUGGCGACUGUCCAUCCUAUAUGGUUUCACAACCACCACCGUCUGAGGUAUGCCUGUGCGCUGUGUGCAAGCAUUUGGGUGGCAUUUAUCCUUCUCUUUUUCGGAGUGAAUAACACCUGGGAAAAACAAUCUGACUUGUGCUUUGAACACUACCCUAUAAGCGAGAAACAUGCCAUCUUUAGACUGGCCAGCAUGACAGUAGGUUUCCCACUGCCAUUUCUUCUUCAGCUGUUCCUCUACAUAGGCAUCAGGAGAAGCCUGCACUUUGCCACCUCAGUUCCACCAAACGACAAGAAACGCAUCAACUGCUUGCUGUCACUGGUCUUGGCCUUGUUCGUCCUCUUCUUUGGCCCUUAUCACAUAAUAAGCUACGUCAGAUAUGUGUAUGUAGUUCUUCACAGAGACUUGUGUGACUUUGAGGCCAAACUGGACAUUUACUUGCAAGUAGCAAAGGGGCUUCUUAGCCUAAAUUGUCUACUGGAUCCCAUUAUGUACAUUUUUGUAUGCAGAAAUGCACAAAAGGAAAUUCUGGCUGCUUUUCCUUUUUUAAAGAAGCCAUUAACGCUGUUAGGUUUUCAGAAGCAAUUUCAGGAAAGCCACACACACAAUGACGUUGCCAUUAAUUCAGUGGCCGACAACGUAACAAGAAUGUAGGGUUUCAUUGUGGAUUGUUACUCAACGGUCAAGUAAUCUUUCUGGUUCGCCAAUCAUAAAUUUGGGGAUGCUGGAUGGCCACACACUUCAUAUGCAAACACACACGGUUUGAUGUUAUCAAGGAGUGUUUUAAGAGUGCAGACUUCGGUCACCAGCAGUAGCAUUUGGGGACGAUGGAGAUGUGACUACCUAGCAGCAACUGGCAGAACAACUGCUCUGAACUCGGGGACGAUGAGCUGGUUCUGCUUCAAGACAGUCAUGGGUGAAGACGUGACUGACUCGACGUUCACAUCAUUAAAGUGUUGCAUCAUGAGAGAAAAAAAGAACUUCGAAACACCAAGCGUUGCGCCAUUUACCCUUCCGGAGGCUCAAAACAAAAAUUGUCCUCAAGUUACUUGGACUUCUGAACUGAAAUCAAAUGAUGAAAGGGCCAGUCUGGGGACACUCGCAACGCUUCCUCUCAUUUUUCUUUAAGAUGAAGUAGUUUAAUUGUGCAAAGUUCAUAGUUCAGCAGCCAUCUUUGUUUUGUGUGGAGGGGUUACGCUUCUCACCUGCCUCCUAUGGUGUACUGGAACAUUAUGUGUGUAUAUUUUUCUUUUUUUUAGGUCAUAAUAAUGUAUAACAAAUAGUAAUCAGCUCAGUUUGAAUGGGUUAAAGUUAGCCAGUCGUGCCUGCCAUUGGGCACACUCGCGUACAGGAGUCACCUUUAAAUGAAUUAGCUUUACAGUUCAUUUCAUGGUCGAUUACAUGUUAAAAUCCAUCCUUCCAUCCAUUAUCCAACCCGCUAUAUCCUAACUACAGGGUCACUCGGGUCUGCUGGAGCCAAU